GCAGCACGGUGCGGGGCCCAGCAAACCCGAGGCUAUACAGCACAUCAUGCACAAUAAGGAGCAGCCUCUGGUGAAGCAACGUGGGGUCUAUUUCUCUCGAGGCGCUGAGCUGGAUCUCUUAUUAGACUGCGGAGCCUUCCUUGGGGAAUUACAGGAUCUAACGUCGGCAGUGACUGAGAGUGAACAGGACUUCUAACACUAUGUCAGAAUUCUGGUUAAUCUCGGCACCUGGGGAUAAAGCAAACCAGACGGCCUGGGAAAGAAUGACCACUGUGACUCUCAAAGCCAACCUGUCCAACAACAGCAAGUUCACCAUCCCUGAUCUUAAGGUGGGGACCCUGGAUGCUCUUGUUGGCCUCUCAGAUGAGUUGGGGAAACUUGAUACCUUUGCUGAAAGCGUAAUAAAGAAAAUUGCUCAAUAUAUUGGAGAAGUUUUAGAAGACUCAAAAGAUAAAGUGCAGGAAAAUUUGCUGGCAAGUGGAGGAAUGAAGAAUAAAAUGAAAUUUCUAAAGAUUGACCUCCUUAGUUAUCUCACAAGGUUUGAGUGGGACAUGGCUAAGUAUCCCAUAAAACAGCCGCUGAAGAAUAUUUCAGAAGUAUUAGCGAAGCAAAUGACGCAAAUAGAAACAGACUUGAAAACCCGAGCAGCUGUGUACAACAACAUUAAAGGAAACCUCCAGAAUCUGGAAAGAAAAACAGCGGGAAAUCUCUUGACACGCACUUUAUCUGACAUAGUGCAUAAAGAAGACUUCGUGUUGAAUUCUGAAUAUCUCAUCACUCUGCUUGUUGUAGUUCCCAAGUCAAGUUAUGUGCAAUGGCAAAAAACGUAUGAAUCACUCUCUGACAUGGUAGUUCCUCGUUCUACGAAGAUGAUUGCUGAAGAUGCAGAGGGAGGACUUUUCACUGUAACUCUGUUUCAAAAAGUGAUGGAGGACUUCAAAGCCAAAGCAAGAGAAAACAAGUUCAUAGUGCGAGAAUUUUAUUUUGAUGAGAAGGAACUGAAAUGUGAAAGGGAAGAAAUGAUGAAGUUAGCUUCUGAUAAGAAGCAGCAGUAUGGUCCACUACUGCGUUGGCUGAAGGUUAACUUCAGUGAAGCAUUUGUGGCUUGGAUUCAUAUAAAGGCUCUCAGAGUUUUCACAGAAUCUGUCCUCAGGUAUGGGCUUCCAGUGAAUUUCCAGACGAUGUUACUGCAGCCCAAUAAGAGAUCUGCAAAGAGGUUGCGAGAUGUCCUUAAUGCAGUCUUCAAACAUCUGGAUGAAGUAGCGGCAGCUAGUAUAAUGGAUGCUUCUAUGGACAUUCCUGGGUUACAACUAAGCAAUCAAGAAUAUUAUCCGUACGUCUAUUUCAAGAUAGACCUCAGCCUUCUGGACAGUAGCUAAAAGAAGCGUGACAUACUGAAAAGCUGGAUAUGCUGUAUUGUAUUAUCAGAGAACAACAUUAACUCUGCUCCAAAAUGUCCUUUUAAUUUAAGGAGAUGUUUUGACAGGGGCAUAGCUCUGUAGUAGAAUUGCUAAAUAUUAUUACUGUACUCAAACUUGUCUUAUUCCAUUUUAAAUGUUAUGAUUCAGAAAGCCUUUUUCUGAGCAUGUUAGAAAAUAUGCCUCAUAAGGCAGAGGUAUUACAGUUUAUUUAUUUGUUUGGUCUUUUGUAAAUUACAAAAAAGGUAGUUCUCAACCAUGAUUUUAAUAAAAUAAGAUGCUAUCUUGCAGCUAAAGGAUAAA